UUUUACACUCUCCUCUCCCUGUCUUCCACCCUCACUCAGUGGAGCGAGCGUACAGGAGGCAGCUGCCGAGGAGCGAGCUGGGAGGCAACUCCAGCCUCCUCUCCAGCAAAUUGUGCCUCCUGUACAAUGGAAACUAAGCGGUCGCAUAGCAGAAAGGAUGGAGAGCAGAGCUGCCAGGCAGGUCUGCAGGGGUCAUGAGGGUGUCAGAGGCCCCGCUCACUGUUCAGAGCAGCUGAAGCAGACAUGGGCAAAGAAGUCUCGGAUGGCAUCGGUAGGCUCAGCCUCAUCGACUUCACCAGCCACAUCCUCCUUUGCCACAACCACCACUGGCUACGCAAGAAGUCCUCUGUAUUUGCCAGCAUCUCCCUGUAAGACUUUGCAAUGAGAAUGUCUGAUAACGUCGACACUGAAACAAUGAAGGUUUCCGAAGCCGCCGAACCCGCGUCAUCUGCGAAAGACGCCAAGACUGAGGUGUCUGACCAGAGCCAGAACAGCAGAGAUGAACAUGGUUGCAACAAUAAAAAGGACAUACAGCCUGUGAAGUACUCUAAGUCCAACACCAGGCUAAAGCUCGUGCGGAGCCUGGCGGUGUGUGAAGAGUCGUUUCCUUGCCCUAUUCCUGAGCCUUCAGCAGCACCCCAGGAUGGGUUCCUACUCCAGCCCUUUGAAAAGGAAGAACGAGCUGCACAAGUCCAAGCCGAGAAAGAAGAAAACUACGACAAGGCGGACAAACCAGAGAAAACGCAGAAAAAAAUGCUGUCGAGAGAUUCCAGUCAAGACUAUACAGAUUCAACUGGGAUAGAUCUCCAUGAGUUCCUGGUCAACAAACUGAAGGGCAACCCCAGGGAUCGAAUCAUGCUGCUGAAGUUGGAACAGGACAUCUUGGAUUUCAUCAGCAAUAAUGAAAGUCAAAAGAGAAAGUUCCCACCCAUGACGCCCUACCACAGGAUGCUGUUACAUCGAGUGGCGGCCUACUUCGGCAUGGAUCACAACGUGGACCCCAGUGGGAAGUCGGUGGUGAUCAACAAAACCACCAACACCAGAAUACCCGAUCAGAAAUUCUCCGAGCACAUCAAGGAUGACAGGGCGGACGAUUUUCAGAAACGCUACAUUCUCAAACGAGACAACUCCAGCUUUGAUCGUGAAGACAGCACGAUUCGAAUGCGUUUGAAAGCUGACAAGAGGAGCAAAUCGAUGGAGGAGAGGGAGGAGGAGUACCAGCGAGCCAGAGAAAGGAUAUUUGCACAUGAUGGAGAUCACUUCAUACUGGAUAGAAGUGCUCAGGAUGAAGACGCAUGCAUGAGCACCCAACAGAGGCGGCAAAUGUUCAGGUUACGGGCCGGCCAGUCUGGCGCCAGCCGGCAGAGCAGCUCGGAGACAGAAGCGCUGCCGCGACACGGCGAGCCCCGGCCUUGGAGCAGCACCGACAGCUCGGACAGCUCCAACCGACUUGCCCCGCGGCCCGCCAUCACCAAGGCCAGCAGCUUCAGCGGCAUUUCCCCCGUCCUCGUCAGAGGGGAUAGCACAGCCAGCAGCAAGAGCACCGGGAGGCUCUCGAAAACAGGUUCAGAAUCGUGCAGCAGCGUCGGUUCCUCGUCCAGCUCGCUGUCCCGCCCCCAGCUGCCUCUCCCAGUCUCAACCUCUUCCCGCUCCAACGUUCCCAGCGCACCUUUAAUCCAUCCCGCUGCUGACGCCAGAGGCGCCGGACACCCUGAGAUGACCAAGAGCCUCCUGUCACAGCCGCUGCCAGCUACAGACGCAGCAAACUAUUACCUGUUACCGCUGGAAGCCUCAGGGAUACCACCUGGCAGCGUUCUGGUCAACCCACACACAGGCAAGCCUUUCAUCCAUCCUGAUGGCAGCGCUGUAGUUUAUAACCCAGCCAGCAUCGCCCCAGCUGCUGGCAGGAUCCAACAGCAGGGGAAACCCCCACAGCAGCCAGUUCCCGCCACAGUGCAGCAACAGCCAACCAAUCACCUUCACUCCCAGCCGAUCUGUCCUCCUCUCCAGCUGCCCUCUGAGCCUGUCCACAACCCAAUGGUCUCUUCUUAUCCUCUUCCUCCUCCUCCUCUUCCUCCUUCUCAGUUCCUGCCCGUCUGUCCUAACCAACAAUACACUGUGCCUGACUCUCUCAACGCCCAGUUUAGCCACAUGACUCUGGCGCAGCAGCCAGCCAAUGACAGUGGCCCUUCAGCUCCUGACGGUCGCCACUAUCCCUCUGUGUACCACCACCACCACCCCUCUGCUGUGGUGCUGCAGGGCGCUCCUCCACAGCAGGUUGCUAGCUACAUAGUGGCAGGGCCAUCAGGAGGACACCCGGGGGUGCUGCAGGGUCAGCCCAUCCCACUCCCAACCCCGGCCCAAAAUCACACAUAUCCCAGCUCCGCCCUGGGUCAUGCUGCUUUUCCCGGACCCGCCCUGAACCAGCCACUCCUGCAGCAGCACACCUACAUCCAGCAGCCUGUCCAACAGAUGUCCUCGUGUUACUGCUCUUCAACCCACCACCCACACUGUUCCAGCACGCAGCAGCAGCAGCACUACCGGCCGCCUGUCAGCACGCUGCCCUAUAACUGCCCACAGAGCCAAAACCUGCCCCAGCAACAAGUGCACCAAGCCGUGAUGCCAAACCCAGCGUCCAGCUACCAGACAGUAGUGGGCGUGCAGCCAACACCCAACCUCGCUCUCACUGGCAACCAGCAAAGCAAUAUGGGCAACCAGAUGCAAGGCAUGAUGGUCCAGUACCCUCCAAUGCAGUCUUAUCAGCAGGUUUCUGUUCCACAGCAGACGUACCAGCAGCCAGUGUUUGUGUCCUGCCAGCCGGGACAGGGGGCAAUGGCUGUCGCUGGCAUGCAGCCCUGCUACAGCCUGCUGCCUCCUAACCAGCACACCACCAUGAGUUCAACAGUGAGUUUCCUGCCCACACCGAUGAUGGAGCAGCUCCAGUUUCCUCAGACCUCGUCCCCCUGCGUCUCCCAGCAGCACCCGGGCCAGCAGUACGCAGGGUUGUUACCCCCGGCCCCCAGCAGCGGCAUGGUGAUGCUGCAAAUGACAGCAGCCCCCUGCCAGCAGCCCCGGGCCCCCUCCCCCUGCCAGAGGAAACCACUCAGCCACAAACACUUGGGCCCCGAGCACCAACGCAACCGCAGGCCCGCCGAGCUCCCUCCGCUUCCGGACAACACCCAGAGCAGCCUGCCCUCGUCUCCGGCACUCACUCCCUCGCCAGGCCAGCCGCCCAGCGUCAAGGGCCUCCCAACAGGCAUCUCACCCAUCCCUGUCAUGGCCCACCACCCGCAGCUCCCUACAGCCUUCUGCCACAGUGGACAAGGUGAAGCGCACUACUCUUUACUGGGCCAGCCUUUGCAGUACAAACCCUCCAUCAGACCUCCGUUUAUCCACACUGCACACAUGAUGGCCAAACAUCAGGUUCCUCUGGGGGUUUGGCGUGGCAGUCAUGGGAGGAAGGCCGGCAGAAAAUCAGUCUCUUCAGAUCUCAGUGUAGGUGAAGCAGUGAGCAGUCAGAUUCUGGACGUGACACAUCCUCCGGAGGGGAUCAGCUGUACAGACUCCCACCACCUCCUGGCAGAGAUGUACAAAGGGGGCGAAUCGAUCCGCCGGCUGUCGGACCAGCAGCCACGGUUGUGCAACUCGACCCGAGGCGCUCCCGGCAGAGACCUGGCCUCGUCGCGCCCUAUCUUUGCCAUGCUCCCCUCCAGACACACCACGCCGAGCGCCGUGUUCCGCCCCACAGGCCCCCGAGCCGCCUUUAAACUCAGAACCGGCAGCGGACACAAAGGGGAGCUGUGCGACUCAGACAGGACUGGCUCAUAGCUGCUAAGAUCUCAGAGCGGCACACAUGGAACGCACAUCCAACCACCUGCCUCUGCUGCCUCAGUCUGGACUGUCUCCCAGACGCUGUCCAAAUCGAAACAUCAAAUGUCUGAAGAAUGAAUGUUCAUUUUUAUUUCGUUUUAGUUUCUUUUAGCUUUAUUCCCUUUUUUUCGGCCAACAGGUCUGUGCAGGGUGGAAACCGAGCACCAGUUUGUAACAUUUGUCCGUAGCUGCAGAGCUCCGCUCAGCGCCCCACUUCUAUUCUUAAACUCGAGUUUGCUGUUCUGAAGUCAAAGUGUUUGGAGACUUUUGGGGUUUGUUUGCCAGCUAUCGCAUUAGUGUGUCUACUGCGGCUGUUUUAAUACCAAAUUUAUUUAUUUUUUCUUGCCACUUUUUGAAAAUUAGAUGAUAUAAUUAUGUUUAAAUUGAACUGAAUGUGUCACGUUGGGUGUUUAAAGGUUCUAGAACGGCACGUAGCAGCAUUUGUAGAAGAAACACUGAAUCACAGAUAAACUACCUGAAUUAUUUAAAGUCACCAUUAAACACCGUGAAUGUUGCAUUUGCACUGAAGUGAUGAUCAGAGGUGGAGAUUUGACUGGUAUCGGACAGAGCCUGGGUUUUUCUUUUAUUAACCCUUAAUACCUGUUUGUUUGCACUCGACCAGGCCACUUUGUUUUAUAUAUUAAAAUGUUUAUAUGCACAAGAAUAA